CACAGCGAACCUAGCAUAGAAGUCCACUCAUCUGCUAGACUGAGCAGUGCUGCACCCACAUCCACUCGUUUGGCUGUGCUUCAAUCAAUCAGUUGAUUUCAUCACGACAGCUUCACUUCUGAGAAACCCAAAGACUUACCUGCGCACGUCCUUUCGGAGUGCUCAAAAUGAAUCUUGAGCCACCCAAAGCUGAAAUCAAAUCAGCCACCCGUGUAACCGGAGGCCCUGCCACUCCUCGCAAGGGCCCGCCCAAGUUCAAGCAGCGGCAGACCCGACAGUUCAAGAGUAAGCCUCCAAAGAAAGGAAUUCAAGGCUUUGGAGAUGACAUUCCUGGCAUGGAGGGCUUGGGCACAGAUAUCACCGUCAUCUGCCCCUGGGAAGCCUUCAACCACCUGGAGCUGCACGAGCUGGCCCAGUACGGCAUCAUCUGAGCCUUCCCAUUAUGAGCCGAGUGUUUCCAACCACCCGCCUCAGGCUCCAUCCCAAACCUUUAAACGGAACUGUUCUAAACAAAAAAACAAAAUAACGAACCGUAACAAACAUAAAAAUCGGAAAAAGAGAAAAAAGUGAACAAAAAAAGGAUGUUCUCUGACUCUGGACUCUCCAACUCUUACACAACAUCUGCUUGUUUAGGAUUUGUUUGAUUUUUUUUUUACAACUUCACUCAGUAGAUCUGCUCCGUUUCUCCUCCAUCAACAAAAAAAGAACAUCUAUGCCUGCUCUCUGUUCUUUUGCUUUCUUUUCUCUCUCUUCUCUUCUGUCCUGAACACGGAUAAAAACAAGAAACAUAUGCAAGCACGGCAGCCUCACAGUGAGUUUAAGUGACAGACCCGUGAAACAAGUGGGCUCCUGUUUCACGUGCCUCGGUGCCUCGUUCUCCAUCUUAAGAGGGUUCUUCCAUCGAUGCCGAACACAAAAAAAAUCCUGAACCUGAAUUCUGUAGAGAGCAGACACCAGCUUGCCAUUGCUAAGCGUAAAAACAAUAAUCAGAGCCCCACGAUGCAAAAUGAAACUGCCCUAUAUACUGCACAUAUCAACACUUUGACAUCAGCUCAAAAACUGGCGUGUUAUCAUAAUUUAUCACUGUCCCUCUACCGUCGUGUUUUCUAAUGAGGCCAGUAUCACCCUUCUACCUUGUAAAUUUCCCUUGUAUGAUGUUCAUCUAUGUUGUUACAUUUCCUAAAUUCUCCAACUUUUCUUUGGAUGCUAUAAUAAAAUCUGGCAUAUUGCUUCCUUUAUCCCACUAUUUCUCCAUUUGUAUUCUUAAUAUACAUUUUACUAAUAUUUUUAACCUCAUUUUACUCAUUUUAAUAUUUAAAGAAUGCAGAGGGAUCAGUGGAAUAAAUACGAACAACAAAAGUCUAUUGAAAUGUGUAAUGGAGCUUUGUUCUCUCUACAGGACAAUGGAACAAAAAAAAUAAAGAAAAAAAAGAGUAAAAUAAAA